UUUCCACCUCUCUCUCUCUCUCUCUCUCUCUCUCUCUCUCUCUCUCUCUCUCUCUCUCUCUCUCUCUCUCUGCAAUAUUGAGAUCUCCUUCGCCAAUUUCAAUGAUACACUUUGUGCUGCUCAUUAGUCGUCAAGGGAAGGUCAGGCUUACAAAAUGGUAUUCACCUUACACUCAGAAGGAAAGAAGUAAGGUAAUCCGUGAACUCAGUGGAGUGAUUCUUAGUCGUGCUCCCAAGCUAUGUAACUUUGUAGAAUGGAGAGGACAUAAAGUUGUUUAUAAAAGGUAUGCUAGUCUUUAUUUCUGUAUGUGUAUUGAUGAUGCUGACAACGAAUUGGAAGUCCUUGAAAUGAUUCAUCAUUUUGUGGAGAUUCUGGAUCGGUAUUUUGGCAGUGUCUGUGAAUUGGACUUGAUAUUCAAUUUCCAUAAGGCCUAUUAUAUACUUGAUGAACUCCUAAUUGCCGGGGAGCUUCAGGAGUCGAGCAAAAAAACUGUUGCCCGGUUGAUAGCUGCACAGGAUUCAUUGGUGGAGACUGCUAAGGAAGAAGCCAGUUCUUUGAGUAAUAUUAUCGCACAAGCUACAAAGUAAGGAUAUCAGAUGUUGUAAUUGAUGGCAUUUCUAGGAAUGGAGAAAUGUUUGGUGCGAUUGAAGUGUGAUCUUAUAGUUUAUGCCUAUGUUCCAUCUUUAUUGUUGUUAAGUUGAAUUUGUAAAAUAGAAAAGAAAGAUAAAAACCAAGUCUUGACAUGGAUGGCUAUUUCUUGUUGUAUACAUGUGUAACCUUUUUAUUACCAGUGUUGAUAUAUUUGCUUGAGAUUUGUGCAA